AUGUCGUCUCUAUUGAGUGAAAUAGAGUUGGAUGGGAGUCCAGAUCAAGCUGAGUUGCUAUUAUCUACUCUUAAGAACACUAUCACCAGUAUCUCAGCUAGACGUGAUGCUCUCGCAGACCAACUAAAGAAUUACAAAGCAUUACAUAUACAAUUAGAAGAGAAUGAAAAGCAGCUUGAAUCAGUCACAGUAUACUUAGGAGAAGGGUAUUUUGUUGAAAGAACCCCUCAACAGGCGUUGGUGUUCAUGAGCAGUCGAGUUGUCACGUUGGAAAAGGCAGUUUCUGAGUUAGAUGCCAAAGCAAAAGAAGCAGAGGACACAAUAUUCAAAUUAAGCAAAUUUAACGAACUUGCAAAGCUCGAAAGCAAUAGCAAGGAGGAAAAAGUUAAUGAAGAAGGCUUACUUUUUAUGGAUAUUAAGGAAGAAUUGGACGAAGAAGGACAUGUAAUCAGUGCUACAAUUAAUGACAAACCAUUGGAACAUCCCCUCGAGAAAGCUGACACGAUAGAGUCUCCUGCUAGUAUAUUAAAAUUCCCGCAGAAGAAGGAAUUUGAGUACAUUCAAGAGAGUUUGAUUGAAGAGAAUGGAACAUUUUCUAACGAUUCCGAUCCAAUUAAAGAAGAUCAAGACCAAUUACAAGAACUAUUUGAGGAUAUGGAGAUUGUUCAAAGACCCCUGAAAAGUAUCAAUGAUGCCAUUGUAAAUCGAGAUGAUUUGCUUAAUAAAAUUGAUGAGCUCAAGAUAAGCCCUGACGAUAAAUUCAAAUUGAAACAAAUGUGCUUGGAAGAGUAUGCAAAAUUAUAUGAUACCAAAGGCAAGGUCGAUCAGGACAAGGAAAGAAGCAAUGUGCAAGAUUCAACAGGCGCAGAUAUCUCUGAAGAAUCACUUGAUGAGGUCAAGAGUAAGGAAAGACAAGAAGUAAUUGCCAGCAUUGUCAAGGAGAAUAACUUGGAUGUUGUGGUUUCUACAAGCACACCGGUUAAUGAAAAAAGUGUUGCAAUAGAUAGAAACGAUAUAUUAGAGCUUGAAUUACUUGCUGAUGACUUUGACGACUCAGAAGCUUCGGUGGUAAAGUAUGCAGAUGAUGAAGAGUGGGACUUUGACUUUUCCGAUGGAGAAGAAAUAGAUGACGAUGAUGAUGAUGAUGAUGAUGAUGAUCUUGCAGACGAGCUAUUAUACGGUGACAGAUCCGCAAUUUUGACUCCAAACCAGAAUGUGACUGCGAGUAACAUGCUUUGGGAUCAGGUUAUGAAGUUGCGUGAAACUGGAACAGAGGACGUAAAUGGGAAUCCCCCAAUAGAGACAGCAAGGACAGAAAAGAACAAUAAAUCUAAGAAAACAGUCAGAUUUGCUGAGAAUUUGCAAAUUAAAGAGGUCGAGAAUAUUAGUGAAUCAUUAAGGAAUGUUCCGCACCGACACAGGGUCUCAUUGUAUAGGCAAAACUUGAUUGCAACAAACAGAGCAAAUUCCACCCAUGAUGAAAUCGAAUAUGUUGAAGACUUUCCAUCAAUUUCAGAUAGCUUUGUUGAAGAUAACCAACAGGACAACUCCAAAGCGGAAAAUAAUAUCGUGGAGAAUUACAUCAUUGAGAAUAACAUCGUUGAGGAUAACAUGGUUGAGAAUAACAUCGUGGAGAAUAACGUUGUUGAGAAAAACAUUGUGGAUAGCAUACCGCAGACAAUACAAGAAAAUACUAUUGAACAGAAUCAACUCGAUUCUAAGGGGGUUUCAAAAUUCAAAAAGGGUAUUCUUCAGAGUUUACCUAGAAAAUUGAUUGUGAAUGAAGCAUUGCCUAAUGCAGCAAGUGGAGAAACUUGGAAUAGAAGGGAAAUGAUCGAGAAAUCAAUAGUUGAAGUAGAGGAGAAGAAGAUCUCUCCCCUAGUCAAGGACGAAACUGAUGGUGUUCAUCGUGAAGUUGUCGAAAGACAACCAACGACUACUGCUUCUACUGCUAGUGAUAAAGAAAAAGUCGAACGGAAAGUUUCAAAGUUUAGAGCAAAUAGAACUAAAUUGAAAAGUUCAGCAGCAAAAAAUGAUCUAUUCGAAGAGGAUAGGUCUAUCCAAAGAAGUGAUCUUGACGAAGCCAACAUUAGUAUAGAAGAGGACGAAGUCAUCGACGAAGAAGUGAGAAGUCACUCAAGCAUCAAAGAAACAACAUUGGAUUAUCUUUCCCUACAGGAUGAUAUGGACACAAUGGCCAAGGCAUAUGUUCUUGGUAUAUACGAUGACGAUAUUAGGACCGUGGGCCCUGUUGUAGAUAAACUCGACGACUUUGAAGUUCUUAAUAGAAUGAUAGAUUCAAUGUCAAGCAAAGAAUCGCUUUCAAACCAAGAAGAAACCAACAGAAAAUCAGAGAUCUUGAAGAGUUUGAAAGAUUACGAUACGUCAUUUGAUCCUCAGCUCGAUGAAAUUGUACCUGAACUGGUACCCGAAGACGAAGAAGCAGACGAGGGUCCUAUUUUGCUAGACGAGAUUGUGGAAAAUGAUUUUAAUGCUACUGGUGAAAUUGAGGAUUUCGAUGAAAUGGAAAACGAGAUGCUAAAUCAAGAAGUAGUAACCAAUUAUCAUAAGUUGAGGCAGAGGAUAAUUUUUCAGAAUAAUGAUAAGGGCUUCCGAAAAACAGACGAAGAAUUAGCUAUGGAACCUUUGGAUGAAGACGGAAACCCCAUCAAGGUCAGUAGAUUUAAGGCUGCAAGAAUGACCAACUAG